UUUCAUUUAUGAAGUUGAAAUCCACAUUAAACCAGUUACUUCAACUUUCACAGAGGAGAAAUCAAUCUCAUCAUCUCAUGCAUUGAAUACUGGAAUUUAUGUAGGGAUGUGAUUAUUUUGCACUGCAAACAGAUUAAUGCCCGCAACUAUGAAGUGGGCUGUAGUGCCUGACUUGUUACCUGAGCUACUGUUUCCUGUAUCAACAGACAAAAGCUGCCUGUCACCCAGCAACUUUGACAUCUGUACCUCUCUCACAUGACUAAAAAUUCUCAAACUGUAAAGCUGUCCAGUGGAAAUCCUAUCUACGACAAAUAUUACAGACAGGUUGACCCAUCAGGCAGUGGGCGGGUGACGGCAGCAGAUGCAGCUCUGUUCCUGAAGAGGUCGGGCUUGGCUGACCUGGUCCUGGGGAAGAUAUGGGAUUUGGCAGACUCUGAACGUAAAGGUUCUCUUACCAAACAGCAAUUCUUCAUAGCAUUACGGUUGGUAGCCUGUGCUCAAAAUGGCCUGGAGGUGGCACUCAAGAGCCUUAACGUGGCUGUUCCUCCUCCCAAAUUUCACGAUACUAGCAGCCCGCUGUUGGCAGGAAGUGUGGGUGGUGACAUGCCAUGGGUUGUUAAGGCCGAGGAGAAGAUGAAGUUUGAUUCCAUCUUUGAAAGUCUGGGUCCAGUAGGAGGGAUGCUAACGGGUGACAGGGUUAAGCCUGUCCUGCUCAACUCCAAACUCCCAGUGGAUAUACUUGGCAGGGUGUGGGAGCUCAGUGACCUCGACAGAGAUGGCAUGUUGGAUAGAGAUGAAUUUUCUGUGGCCAUGUAUUUGGUGUACAGAGCUUUGGAAGGGGAGCCUGUUCCCAUGUCCCUGCCUCCUCCCCUGGUUCCACCUUCGAAGAGGAAAAAACCCUCCGUGCCUCCUGUGAUGCCCCUGUUACCCUCGCCCCCUUCUGUCAAAGACAGUCGCUCCUCCCAUGCUGGCUCUAAGACCAUGCCCCACCCUCCUAAAUCCGCCCCAGCUCCUGUCCCAGUUCCAGUCGCAGUUCCAGUCCCAGCUCCUGUCCCAGCUUCUGUCCCAGCACCAGCACCAGCAGCUGCUUCUUGGGUGGUGUCACCAGCAGACAAAGCCAAAUAUGAUGACCUCUUCAACAAGACAGACAGUGACAUGGAUGGGCUGGUGUCUGGACCGGAGGUCAGAGAUAUCUUCCUCAAGACUGGGCUGCCCUCUGCUACACUUGCACGCAUCUGGGAACUUUGUGACAUUGGCGACAUUGGUAAACUGACCAGAGAACAAUUUGCCCUGGCGCUUCAUCUCAUCAAUCAGAAGCUGGCCAAAGGCCUGGACCCUCCACAGAGCCUCACACCGGAGAUGAUCCCUCCAUCCGACAGACAAAACAUUAAACAGAACAAUUUGGCAAACCUGGCAGCCGAUUUCUCAGCCAUUAAGGAGCUGGACUCUCUCAGUAAUGAGAUCGUUGAACUACAACGAGAGAAGAGCACUGUGGAACAGGAGAUCAAGGAGAACGAGGAGGCCAUCAGACAACGCAGUGGUGAAGUGCAGGACUUACAAGAUGAGGUUGCGAAAGAGAGUGGGGAGCUGCAGCGGCUUCAGAGUCAGCGUCAGAAAGUCCAGGAUACCCUGGACGAGCUGGACCAACAGAAGAGCUCCCUGGAGGAGCAGCUGACUCACAUUCGACAACAGACUACUCAAGAGACACAAUUGAUCUCAUCACUGCAGUCGGAGCACGAGGAGCAGGAACAGAGGAUAUGUCAGUUUGAGGAAGAGCUUGUCCAGGCCAGAGAGGAGCUCCUUGCUUUGCAGGAGGAGAGCAGAAGACUACAGGAUAAAGUCCAGUCCGCUCAGGAGCAGCUCACACCUUUGCAAGAUUCAGUGCGUGACUCUUUCAAACAAGUUGCACAGGUUCAACAGAAACUGAGCGACCUUCAAGUAGAGGAAAGGUCAGUGACUGCCCAGCUCAGCUGGAAGAGAGCUUUAGAGGACAGUUCUCCUGUCAUGGUCAACGGAUCAACAGGCACUCCAGCAGAGCUUCACCAGGGAGACCCUUUCCAACAGGACCUCUUCCAGGAGGACCAUCCUAAAGAGCUGAAGGAGACAAAGACAGCUGCUGUCUACAGUCUUCAGAAAGAACAUUUAGAUCAGACAGAGAAAGAAGUGGAUGAGAGCAAAGAGGAAGAGGAGGAGGAUGAGAGUCCAAAUACUGCAGAGGAGGAAAAGCCAGAACCGGAUGCCUUGGAUGAUCUCUAUAUAAGUCUGGCCUCCACUGAUAUGUACAGUAGUAUGUCAGCCUUUGCUAAGCCAAGGGACAACACAGUGAGGGAACACAGUAGCCACGAUGUCUCCUCAGAAAUGACAGAUGAUGCAGCAAAAUCGUCUGAUGAGAGUGCAACAAAGGUCCCGUCAUCAGAUCAAGAGAACAAACAGGAGCCUCCAGAGUCUCCAGAAACCACCACACCCUCCUCGUCACCAGUUGGUCCCAUGCCGCCACAGACCAAACCCCCCCCACUCCCUGAGAUGGACUUUUUCCAUUCAGACCCCUUUACUGACCAUGAUCCAUUCAAGGAUGAUCCAUUUGGGAAAGCAUUAGCAGAUGUAGCAGAUCCAUUUGGAGGAGAUCCAUUUAAAGGGACAGAUCCCUUUGCUGCAGACUCUUUCUUCACACAGGCUCCCAGUGCCCCCUUUUCCACUGAGGACCCUUUCGCUGCCUCCUCUGACCUGUUUGGUGCCACGACUGGAAUGCCAGAACCAGACUUGUUUGCAGCAAAGCUAAAUGAUGCAGCACCUGCACCGGCACCGGCAGACGGCUCCGAUCCCUUCAUCUCCAAACCCACCAGUUCAGCACCGGCAGCCAAGGAUCCCUUCAUCACCACGGGGAACGACAUGGCAGAGUCUGACCCAUUUGGAGGCAAAGUUAACGCCAUAGCGGAGGCAGAUCCUUUUGGUUCACAGGACAGAGCAACAGAUCCAUUUAGCUGUUCACCAGUCAGCUCUGCUCUGGCAGCGCAGGACCCUGUAGCAGCCAACGACCCUUUUGCUCCAGGUGGUACAACAGUGAACGUCAACUCAGAUCCAGAUCCAUUUGCUGCUGUGUUUGGUAAUGAAUCAUUUGGAGGGGGCUUUGCAGAUUUCAGUGCCUUGGCAAAGUCAAACGCUCCUGACCAAUUUGGCAUCAACAACAAGAACCUAUUCCAGGAAGACGGUCAGUCUGCGAACCCGGAUGUGCCGCCUGCCCUGCCCCCCAAAACGGGUACGCCAACUAGACCUCCCCCUCCACCUCCAGGCAAGAAAUCAACCAUUUCCAGAACAGAGUCCUCCGACUCCUUCCAUCGACGUGGGCAAUUCCACCCACAGUCGUCGGGAGACUUCUCCUCCUCUUCCUCCUCGCCUUCCCUGCCUGCCAAGGAUCCUUUAGCUGACCCCUUUGCCCCUUCCUCCCCUCCUCGUCACAACGUACGGGAAGCUGACCGAUUUGCCAGCUUUGACAAAUAUCCCACAGAGGAAGACAUGAUAGAGUGGGCAAAGCGCGAGAGUGAGCGGGAGGAAAAGGAGCGGCUUGCGAGGCUCACCCAGCAGGAGCAGGAGGACCUGGAGUUGGCCAUCGCGCUUAGCAAGUCUGAACUUUCCUGAGAGACUUGUCCCCUCCCCGAAACCCACUAUCCCCUUCCUCUCUCCUCUCUCCUCUCCUCUCCUCCACUGGCCUGGCACAGCACAGCACAGCCUGGUCCAGCCCAGAAAGCACCAAAGCAAAGAGGGGACUGAAAAGGACUUGACUCAGCGACACCGGCUGGCCCCAUGAAGAGACUAUCUUAGAAUAAAAUCAAAAAAAACAAAAACAACUCUCGUCACCGCCCUCCCCCAUGUGAGACUGUGUUCACUGUGCACUGGCAUCACAGUUACAUGUUUGCUCUUUUCAUUCUGUUAGUUUCUGUGAUUUACGUUCGGAGGAGAGGACCAAGGAAGGAUGGAUUGUUGAGCUCAAAUGCAGUGAACAUGAGUUUAGAGAUUACCAAAUCUUAAAAGUGCAGUGUGUAAAAUGUGGCAACCUCGCCCCGAGAACUUAUGUCGACCCCAGUUAAUAUCAAAACUCAGUUUGACUCCUGAUAUAAAUAUUAAAGGUUCAUUUCGGGGUUAAGGAAAAACAACACUACGCACAAUUAGGUGAUUGUAUAGGAAAAAUAAGUAUAAUUAUUUCAUCAAUCACUGUCAAAUGAAACAUAAUUUCACCACUGGUCCUUUUAAGGUCACCAUGCUCUGUUGACUUUAACACCAAAUGCCACAUUAACUCUCCAGAAUGUAAUUUAUUAAAAACAAGACUAAAAUGGCCACUGACUAAUCUCACUACCCACUAUUAAAUCAUAGAGAUUAUUUAGAGAUUUAUUUAGCGAUUGUUGUAUUAGUUGAUGAUGGACAUUCAGUCAUUCACUGCCGAGUUUUUUUGAGAUUUUGAGCCUGUGAGAUUAUUCAUCAUUUCUUAUUUUAUGACAGGGUGAACUCAUUCAUGUCUGCAUUGUUAAAUCAGUCCUCUCAGUCCAAAAUGUUACUAAAAAAAUGGAACCAGCCCAUCAGAGCUGCCACAGUUUGUCCUGCGUUUGUUCCGUCUGUGUUAGAGUUUAUUUUUUUAAGGAGUGAAGCUACAGCCAUAACAUUAUACGCAUUAUAAUUACAUAUUCAUUUGCAUUAAGACUUUGUUUUUGUUUUUAAGGCGAUCGAUUGCACAACGUAAUUGUUCUGAUUAGAGGCAGAUUUGGAGUUCAAUAAUGGAUCUGAGGUUUCUGA